AUGGAUGCGUGUCUGAGCUCCGAGCAGCAGCCCCGGCCCCUGGACGAGGCUCUGAGCCCCCCGGAUGACGAGGCUCCGCACACAGAUGACACCAGCAGACCCCCAGGAGAUUCUAACGAGAUAGAAGCAUCGCUUCGAAGCCUCCAGAAAUUUGUUCCUACGAAUUACGCCAGCUACACCCAGGAGUAUUAUCAGUUUGUGGGCAAGAAGAUUGUCAUUCAAGAAUCCAUCGAGAGUUAUGGAGCAGUGGUGUGGCCAGGGGCCAUGGUGUUGUGCCAGUAUUUGGAGGAACACACAGAGGAACUCAAUCUCCGAGGUGCUAAGAUACUGGAAAUCGGUGCUGGACCAGGCCUCGUUUCCAUUGUGGCCAGUAUUCUAGGGGCUCAAGUCACGGCAACAGAUCUGCCUGAUGUGCUGGGGAACCUACAAUACAAUCUCCUAAAGAACACACUCAACUGUACCACGUAUCUGCCGGAAGUGAAGGAGCUGGUGUGGGGGGAGGGCCUGGAGCAGAGCUUCCCCAAGUCCACGCUCUUCUACGAUUACGUGCUGGCCUCUGACGUGGUCUACCACCAUUACUUUCUGGACAAGCUGCUUGCCACCAUGGCAUACCUCUGCCAGCCAGGAACGGUGCUGCUCUGGGCCAACAAGUUCAGAUUCAGCACCGACUACGAAUUUUUAGAUAAAUUCAAGCAAGUUUUUGACACGACACUCUUGGCUGAAUCUCAAGAGUCAUCGAUCAAACUCUUUAAAGGAAUACUAAAAUGGGACUGA